AUGUGUUUUGAAGGUUUAUCGUCAUCUGUUACUACGCAUGAUUCUAUUCAAAUGCAAGGACAUCACGAUCAACUUACCAGCUCUGAUGAUGAAAGCCUUGAGAAACCCUCAUCAUCCAUCUCUCAAAUGACUGGCUACAGUUUCGGCUAUGCUUUUGUCGAUUUCGCCAAUGAAGCAGAUUCCCAACGUGCAAUUAAAAAUUUAAAUGGCAUUACCGUUCGAAACAAGCGUUUAAAGGUUUCAUACGCUCGUCCUGGUGGUGAAUCGAUUAAAGAUACUAAUUUAUAUGUCACAAAUCUCCCACGUACCAUUACUGAUGAUCAAUUGGAAGUGAUAUUCGGUAAAUAUGGAUCAAUAGUACAAAAAAAUAUCUUAAGAGAUAAACUAACAGGCAAACCAAGAGGCGUUGCUUUUGUCAGGUUUAAUAAGCGCGAAGAGGCACAAGAAGCAAUUUCUGCUCUUAAUAAUGUAAUACCUGAGCACGGUACACAACCUCUUACUGUGCGAUUGGCUGAAGAGCACGGUAAGGCUAAAGCUCAUCAAUUUGUGGCACAGUUUAGCGGCCCUUCUGGACCACAACCUCAAUUGAUCAAUGCUGGUUACAAUAACAUGGUGCAUAGAGGGUACAGCUAUUAUGGAUUAAUAGAUGGUCUGUAUCGUAAAAAAUCGUAUCAUUAUCCAUAUUUAUAAUUCGUAAGUAUUCCCGUGUACAUAGAAAUUAGUCAUUUAGUUUACAAAAAGAGCUAAAUUAUUU